AUGACGCGCACCCGUGUUCCACCGGCGAUGGCGGAAGAUUCACUGGAGCGACUCGAUCAGGAGAUCACGCUCCAUUUACAACAGAUCGACUCCAAUUUCAGCUACUGCUUCAGCAAAAUCGCACAAGAUAUCAUACCGAAUGUUGUAGAAUACGGAGCCGUCUGCGACCAAGUCAUGGACAGCUGCAAUUGGCUCAAAAACAUGUUUCAAGAAGCUGGGAACUUGCAAAUAGACGCCGUGGCCGGACCCAAGGCGCGGCCCGCGGCGGAGCCUACAACCAAACGUGCGCGUGAUUCCGCGACUGACGGUGACGUACAGACCUUGUUCCCCGCGAAACCGCGUCUCGCAGGCGAUUCGUCGAGCAUUGUACAGCUCCCGGCCAUGCAGCUCAAAUCGUUGUCGGGUGCUUCGUCGCGAGCCACGGUCGCUGCGGACCCAAUGGUCGACGUUACAACGACUACCACGACCACUGGCCGCGUCUUGCAACUACCAGACUCAAGCGACGAAGAGGCCCGCGAUGGCGAUACCGAUGCCCAGGCGCUGGGCGAACGCAAGCUCAAGACACCUGCCGGUGGAGAGGACGCCGACGGGAGCACCAUGCAGCGACAGCGGCGUAAACGCAAGUUGUCGCUGCUGUUACAGCAGCAAUUCGGGUCCAGCUCGAGCAGCGCUGUGCCGUCGCCGGCCACUCAGACCAAGCGUAACACCAACAUCACUUUUGACAGCUCACCUCUGCGUAAAGAAGUCGCAAACCAGGGCGAAAGCACUAAAGAAAUCGGCGCUCCACCGGGUACCGUGAUCCAUUUUCCCACGGGAAACAGCGCCAGUCUCGAAGACGACAACGACAACGACGUCAGCGAUCCGAAAAGUAGUCGCGGCGAGAGCAGGGCCGGUAGCAAUAACGACAGCACGCGCUGA